CCAUUUGCAACAAUAUUGACGAACCUGGAGGACAUUAUGGGAACUGAAAUAAGCCAGUCACAGCACAAAUACCGCAUGAUUCCACUUACAUGAGGUAACUGCAACAGUUGAACUCAGAAACAGAAUGCAAUAGUGGUUGCCAGGGGCUGGGAAGCUGAAGAGUGUGGGGAAAGCAAGAGAGAUCAGAUUGUUGCUGUGUGUAGGACUAAUCUUGGGAAGAUCAAGUCUAAAUCUAAAAGGAGUUCAAAUUCAUACUGGUGUGGUUGAUUCAGACUAUAAAGGUGAAAUUCAAUUGGUUAUUAGCUCUUCAAUUCCUUGGAGUGCCAGUCCAGGAGACAGGAUUGCUCAAUUAUUACUCCUGCCAUAUAUUAAGGGUAAAAAUAGUGAAAUAAAAAGAAUACGAGGGUUUGGAAGCACUCAUCCGACAAGAAAGGCUGCAUAUUGGGCAAGUCAGGUCUCAGAGAACAGACCUGUGUGUAAGGCCAUUAUUCAAGGAAAACAGUUUGAAGGGUUGGUAGACACUGGAGCAGAUGUCUCUAUCAUUGCUUUAAAUCAGUGGCCAAAAAAUUGGCCUAAACAAAAGACUGUUACAGGACUUGUCGGCAUAGGCACAGCCUCAGAAGUGUAUCAAAGUACUGAGAUUUUACAUUGCUUAGGGCCAAAUAAUCAAAAAAGUACUGUUCAGCCAAUGAUUACUUCAAUUCCUCUUUAUCUGUGGGGUCGAGAUUUAUUACCUAAAAUUACCAGACGUGAACAUUUAAAAAAUGCUCUAACAGUAUUUACUGAUGGUUCCAGCAAUGGAAAAGCGGCUUAUACAGGGCCAAAAGAACGAGUAAUCAAAACUCCGUAUCAAUCGGCUCAAAGAGCAGAGUUGGUUGCAGUCAUUACAGUGUUACAAGAUUUUGACCAACCUAUCAAUAUUAUAUCAGAUUCUGCAUAUGUAGUACAGCCUACAAGGGAUGUUGAGACAGCUCUAAUUAAAUAUAGCAUGGAUGAUCAGUUAAACCAGCUAUUCAAUUUAUUACAACAAACUGUAAGAAAAAUAAAUUUCCCAUUUUAUAUUACUCAUAUUCGAGCACACACUAAUUUUCCAGGGCCUUUGACUAAAGCAAAUGAACAAGCUGACUUACUGGUAUCAUCUGCAUUCAUAAAAGCAAAAGAACUUCAUGCUUUGACUCAUGUAAAUGCAACAGGAUUAAAAAACAAAUUUGAUGUCACAUGGAAACAGGCAAAAGAUAUUGUACAACAUUGCACCCAGUGUCAAGUCCUACACCUGCCCACUCAAGAGACAGGAGUUAAUCCCAGAGGUUUGUGUCCUAAUGCAUUAUGGCAAAUGGAUGUCACGCAUGUACCUUCAUUUGGAAGAUUAUCAUAUGUUCAUGUAACAGUUGAUACUUAUUCACAUUUCAUAUGGGCAACUUGCCAAACAGGAGAAAGUACUUCCCAUGUUAAAAAACAUUUAUUGUCUUGUUUUGCUGUAAUGGGAGUUCCACAAAAAAUCAAAACUGACAAUGGACCAGGAUAUUGUAGUAAAGCUUUCCAAAAAUUCUUAAGUCAGUGGAAAAUUUCACACACAACAGGAAUUCCUUAUAAUUCCCAAGGACAGGCCAUAGUUGAAAGAACUAAUAGAACACUCAAAACUCAAUUAGUUAAACAAAAAGAAGGGGGAGACAGUAAGGAGUGUACCACUCCUCAGAUGCAACUUAAUCUAGCACUCUAUACUUUAAAUUUUUUAAACAUUUAUAGAAAUCAGACUACUACUUCUGCAGAACAACAUCUUACUGGUAAAAAGAACAGCCCACAUGAAGGAAAACUAAUUUGGUGGAAAGAUAAUAAAAAUAAGACAUGGGAAAUAGGGAAGGUGAUAACGUGGGGGAGAGGUUUUGCUUGUGUUUCACCAGGAGAAAAUCAGCUUCCUGUUUGGAUACCCACUAGACAUUUGAAGUUCUACAAUGAACCCAUCGGAGAUGCAAAGAAAAGCGCCUCCAUGGAGACGGAAACACCGCAAUCGAGCACCAUCGACUCACAAGAUGAACAAAAUGUCUGCAGGUGUACCCAACAGCUCCGAAGAGACAGCGACCAUCGAGAACGGGCCAUGAUGACGAUGGCGGUUUUGUCGAAAAGAAAAGGGGGAAAUGUGGGGAAAAGCAAGAGAGAUCAGAUUGUUGCUGUGUCUGUAUAGAAAGAAGUAGACAUAGGAGACUCCAUUUUGUUCUGUACUAAGAAAAAUUCCUCUGCCUUGAGAUUCUGUUAAUCUAUAACCUUACCCCCAACCCCCUGCUCUCUGAAACAUGUGCUGUGUCAACUCAGAGUUAAAUGGAUUAAGGGCGGUGCAAGAUGUGCUUUGUUAAACAGAUGCUUGAAGGCAGCAUGCUCCUUAAGAGUCAUCACCACUCCCUAAUCUCAAGUACCCAGGGACACAAAAACUGCGGAAGGCCGCAGGGACCUCUGCCUAGGAAAGCCAGGUAUUGUCCAAGGUUUCUCCCCAUGUGAUAGUCUGAAAUAUGGCCUCGUGGGAAGGGAAAGACCUGACCGUCCCCCAGCCCGACACCCGUAAAGGGUCUGUGCUGAGGAGGAUUAGUAUAAGAGGAAGGCAUGCCUCUUGCAGUUGAGACAAGAGGAAGGCAUCUGUCUCCUGCCUGUCCCUGGGCAAUGAAAUGUCUCGGUAUAAAACCCGAUUGUAUGCUCCAUGUACUGAGAUAGGGAAAAACCGCCUUAGGGCUGGAGGUGGGACCUGCGGGCAGCAAUACUGCUUUGUAAAGCAUUGAGAUGUUUAUGUGUAUGCAUAUCUAAAAGCACAGCACUUAAUCCUUUACAUUGUCUAUGAUGCAAAGACCUUUGUUCACGUGUUUGUCUGCUGACCCUCUCCCCACUAUUGUCUUGUGACCCUGACACAACCCCCUUUUCUUUAAGCACCCACGAAUGAUCAAUAAAUACUAAGGGAACUCAGAGGCUGGCGGGAUCCUCCAUAUGCUGAACGCUGGUCCCCCGGGUCCCCUUAUUUCUUUCUCUAUA